CUGCCGUGGUUGAGCAUUUGGAAACGAAGGAAGGAGAAGCAAAACUACAGAGAAUCAAUGGGGAGGUUCUCAAGGAUUCCGCUUUUCCUUCUUUCUGCCUUAUUUUUCUCCAUGCUGCAGAGACCCACGUUCGCUAUCAAGAAGUCUUAUGUGGUAUACAUGGGGUCACAUUCACAUGGUCCGGAAAUUUCACAAGCUGAUCUUGAUCUAGCGGCAAAUUCACAUUACCAGUUUCUUGGAGAAUUCGUUGGAGGCGCCGACCAAGCCAAAGAAUCCAUUUUUUACAGCUACACAAGACAUAUCAAUGGUUUUGCAGCGACCCUUGAAGAAGAAAAAGCAGCUGAGAUCGCAGAGCAUCCCAGGGUCAUAUCUGUCUUCCCAAACAGAGAACUGAAAUUUCAUACAACCCGGUCGUGGGAUUUUCUUGGACUGGAAAAAAAUGGUGCAGUUCAACCUGGUUCAAUCUGGGAGAAGGCCAGAUUUGGGGAAGAUACAAUUAUUGGGAAUCUUGAUGGUGGUGUUUGGCCGGAAUCAAAGAGCUUUAGCGAUGAUGGGUAUGGACCCAUUCCAUCAAGGUGGAAAGGAGGGUGUACGGACACUACCCCUGACGGAGUACAUUGCAACAGGAAGCUGAUUGGAGCCAAGGCAUUCAACAAAGGGUACCUAUCAGAAAUGGGCGAAACCUUCAACAGCACACGCGACAUCGAUGAUGGUCAUGGGACCCACACCUUAUCGACGGCUGCCGGAAACUUCGUCCAAAACGCCAAUAUCUUCGGAUUCGGCAACGGCACAGCCAAGGGAGGAGCGCCAAGGGCACGCGUAGCCUCUUACAAGGUGUGUGGUAAGGAUAGCUGUUUCGAGGCCGACACCAUCGCUGCUUUCGAUGCCGCCAUCCACGAUGGUGUCGACGUCCUUUCUAUGUCCCUGGGGGACGUCCCCAAAGACUACUUAUCUGACGGCAUGGCCAUCGGCUCUUUCCACGCCGUUAAGAACGGUAUCCUUGUGGUAGCCUCGGCCGGGAACAAUGGUCCGAAACCUGCCUCGGUCUCCAACUUGGCCCCCUGGUUAUUCACGGUGGCCGCCAGCACCAUGGACCGCCAAUUCCCGGCUUACGUGAAACUUGGCAACAAUAAGCAGUUGAAAGGGCAGAGCCUCUCCCCGAUUUUCCUGCCCUCAGACGGAAAAAUGUACCCUCUGGUGAGCGGUGCAGCCGCAAGAGCCAAGAACACUUCGGAAUCGGAAGGCAAGAUUUGUGACGGGGCGCUGGACCCACUGCUAGUAAAGGGGAAGAUAGUGGUUUGUGUUGACGGUUGGAAUGGGGUGGUGGAGAAGGGAGUGAACGCACUCUCGGCAGGGGCUGUGGGUAUGAUAUUGGUUCACAAGGUUGACGCCGAUGUGAUCCCCUCACUUCACAUGCUCCCUGCGUCUCAUCUAUCAAGCAAGGAAGGUCUUAUCGUGUUCGAGUACAUAAACUCGACGAAAGCACCCAUGGCUUACAUCUCACCAGUCACGACGGAGCUAGGGACGAAGCCAGCACCUUUGAUGUCCGCGUUCUCCUCCCGGGGACCUAACGUUGUGACUCCCGAGAUUCUCAAGCCCGACAUCACUGCACCAGGGGUGAGCAUCAUCGCCGCCUUCAGCGAAGCAUUGGCACCCUCCGAACUGUCUUCUGAUACUAGACGGGUUCCCUUUGCCACUAUGUCAGGGACGUCCAUGUCUUGCCCUCACGUUGCUGGUGUUUCUGGCCUCCUCAAGACUCUCUACCCCCAUUGGAGUCCCGCCGCCAUCAGAUCUGCCAUCAUGACCACCGCAAGCACAAGGGAUAAUGUGAGGCAACCGAUGUUGAAUUCGACAAAUAUGAGAGAAACACCAUUUAGCUAUGGAGCUGGACACGUUCGACCGAACCGUGCAAUGGAUCCUGGUUUGGUUUAUGACCUAACGCCCAUUGACUACUUGAACUUCCUAUGUGCCAUUGGCUACAACGGAACUUCAAUCAGGGUUUUUUCUGAGACGAAGCUACCUUACAGAUGCCCUAAUCCAGCCAUCACUCUCCUGGACUUCAACUAUCCUUCCAUCACAGUACCCAAACUCUCCGGCUUUGCCAUUUUGACUAGAACACUGAAGAAUGUUGGGUCUUCUCCAGCUACAUACAAGGCCAAGAUUCGUUCUCCCUCUGGAAUUUCUGUUUUGGUGGAACCAAAGAUGCUAACAUUCGAUUCAGUUGGACAAGAGAAGACAUUCAAACUAACCCUUACGACAAAGAGACCUGGUUAUGCUACAGACUAUGUAUUUGGGCAGCUUAAAUGGUCUGAUGGGCUUCACCACGUCAAGAGUCAAAUUGUGGUUAAGUCUGCUGCAACCUAACAUAGAGUUUUCUAUUUUUUUUUCUCUAUCUGCUUGGAUGAAAUGAGAUGUAAAGAGUCCUUAUUUGGGCGGCACAUGAAAUCAAAGCCUUGAAAAUAUAAAACCACAUUUUCAUAAUUUGAGACA